UUCUCCGUACAUUCGCAGAGACUCAGGGGAGGAAGGGAGAAGUUGAUGGCAGCGAUAGUUAACGAUGUCGAGGGAGCUCCAGUUGGUCCGUGCCGGCUGAGCUUGCUAUAGCUCAAAUAAAAUGAUGAUUUAGACAUAGUUUGAAAGCGUUAUUGAGAAAAAGAACGCAAGCGAGGUGUGUCUUUCAGGAUCCAGAAGUCAACACCCCUAGCUGCAUCUCGCCCCCACAUUGAACAUGUUGCGAGAUAUCAUUGAAGAGACCAAUGCACGCCAUUUGCACAACAUUCGAACACGUUUCAGUUGAUAAACACUCUUUUCUUGAUCCUCGAGCUAUGAAGGGGGGUUUUUCAUUGUCACUACCUACGCAGCAGAUACCUAUCUACCGUGAGGAUAUUGAACCGGAUCUCUAAUCAGCAUAAUCAAGAGCGAGGCUUCCUCAUCCCUGAUAUGCGUGUGACGUGUUCGACACAUAUCUGGCAACGAUUUCUUAGAGAGCUCUUUACGCGUCAUCCACCAGUCUAUCUCCGGGCGUAUUCUCGGCUGAAUACCAUACACCUCGAUGAGUAUAUGUUGCGGGUUUUCCUAGCACCGUCUAUCGUCUAUGUUGAGACGCUGCGGCUCCGAUGGAGGUCUCCUGCUGAGCCAAUUCCCGUCAUAACUUCAAUGAGCAAUUGGUAGCCGUGCAGAUUGACUGAUGCCGCAUGACAUUUUCAACGCCUUGAUGCCUUAUCUUGAGCAAGGUCAAUCAUGCAGAGGAGCCAACCACGAGCGAAAUCUUUUUUUUUUUUCCUUGUAUUUAACCAGACGCCUUCAAUUGUCAAUGCAUUUUGCCGCUUCGACAAACGCCGGUUUAUUAAAUACUAGCGACGCCUACGGAAUCUAUCUUCAAUAUUGUUUAACAGUGGCGUUGGAAAGAGGGUAUACCAGAGACAUAUAGCUAUGCUCCCUUGCUAUUGAUCUUGUCGACGAAUUCUUGGUGGCAUUAAUAUGCCAUACCUACCACUUCUCCCCAGGCAUUACGGAGUACCCUUCUCAAAAUCUAGGUUCCUCCACUGUCCAUCCAACCGCAGUCAGUGAUAUCAUCGACUAAAACAUACGGUUGCCAAGGCACUGGAACACCCGCCAAAAACAUGCCUCUUAUCGAGAGCGACGAUUGGCUGUCUAUAUCAUUCUAUUGUCUUGGCUAUCACAGAUUGCUAAUGGACCGGAAGAAUUAAAGCGCUGACUUCGCCAAUUGGGGCGUUGUUAAUCCCGAAUGGACUAGGCAAAAAUAAACAUGGAGGGCGUUGUUGGGAGUUCCCAUUAGGGGAGUAGGGGAGAGAGAGCGGGAGACGGGGGGAAGCGUUCCACCAAUAAAUAGUUUCCCAUUCCAUAACCUCCCUGCACUGAGCUGAUUAAUGGAGGGUGGUGAAAAGUUCCGGGCGAUGUUUACGAAUAUCGAUUGGUUAUGACAUUUCAGACACUACCACUGGUCAGCAGCCCAGCCUAGAUAUGGGCUACGCGUAUACAUAAGAGGAGCGAGGGAUCCUGGGGGGGGGGGGUUACCGCUCAAAACGAACAUAUUUAAAUAGCUAGGCAAAAUUUCCCGCUUUUCCACCCUAGUGCCUUAUGCGACGCAUACGCCUAUGUCUAAUGCCUAAGGAGGGACAGAGUGGUGCGCUGGCGGGCUUUAUCUCAUAGGUCAACUAGUUCUUCUCCGUGUCAUAGGGUCUGGGGCGGGAGCGAGUUAACAAAAGCUAGGGAAAGACCCUUGAACUUUGGGCGGGUCGUAAAAUUGAUCUGUCUCCUUCCGCCUGUGCAUGGAUGAGCAAAGCAGAGAAUCAGUGAUACGAAGUGAGGGCAAGGGAGAAAUACCAUUUUUCCUAGUUAUCAAUGGCCCUCAUGUAGACCAUACGAUGUAUUCUUGUUUCUUAUAUCCAUUCAAUCAUGUAAUGAUGGGGUCGAUAAAAUGAAAGAUGAAACGGAGAAACUCUGAAUAUUAACAGCCUGCCAGCCAGCAUGGGGAAAAAAGAAACGAAAAAAGGGAAAAGAAAACCUCAAACAACCAUGAAAAAUCGAUACGUUGAAUCCAGUAGUGUGGGCAAAAGUUGGCAGAUGAUGCGGGGGUGAGGCGACAACAGCAGCGGCGGGCAUGCAUCGGUCGGCCUUGGCUUGCGGGACUGGGGGCAAUCGGGUCACUCCCUUCGCACCCCCUUCGUUCAGAUGUCAAUGUCAAGAACAACAAGCAAACAAAAACAAAAACACUGAAAAAAGGCACACGACAACAGAGCCAGCGGCUGACUUGGAGCUAGAUAUAUCCAUGAGAUUUAAUGGAGAGCUGCAGAAUAAAUGCUCCAGCCGCUACUUCACUCAUUUAUCUGGCCCCCUUCUCAUCCAAGGUCCCGAUGUGCCUUUUAUUCAUUGGUAAAUGUAUACAGACAGGCUGGCAGAUUCACCUACUCCUUGUGUUUAAUGUUCUGCAAGGCUUACCUUAAUGACGCCUGACAAGUGGCCGUGCGAAAUGCCCAAGGUGUAUGGCUCAAUGUGGAUAGGUAUCUAUAUAUAUAUAUAUAGAGUUGGGGGAACUGCUGUUUUUUUUCCCUUCGAAUUCUAAAGCAGCAGAUUGUUUAUCAUUAUUUUACCGUACUUCGAAUCAACAACGAGUGAAGCAAUUCAAUGUCCGAAGUUCUAGACAUGCCAGGGGCGCUCGUUGGGGUGACCAGCCCUGAUCAAGAGCAGUUCAUACAGAUUAGAAAAGCCAGUGAAGCCGCAUGCAGCUUCAUCGAGGGAUUGCUCCAAAAGAUCAAGAGCCUCGAAGUUGAUCUUGACAAGAAGAACGUGGAUCUAGAAAAAGAGAAGGAUAUGGCAAAUAUGUAUCAUCAGCGUGUCAGAGAAACGAAGGCGGAUUUGCAGAAGAUUCAGCAGAAUAUGGAACGUAAUGCGUUUGUGUCCGUUUUGGUUGACGGAGACUCGAUGAAUUUUUUGGACGAGUUUGUCGAGCAAGGUGAGUCGGGAGGUCAAGAAGCUGCCCGACUCCUAAUUCAACUAGUGUCGAGAUACGUGCAGAAUGAAUUGGCCGAUCCUCCCGCCCACUUCUCCGUCGAUGUCCGUGUAUUCGCGAAUCUGAAGGGGUUGAGGCGAACAUACCAAGCUCAUAUACUGGACGAUGAGAAUGAGUUUGAGCUGUUUGUUCGUGGAUUCAACAUGGGCCAUCCCCUGUGCAGCUUUGUGGACGCAGGUGCUGGCAAAGAAUGCUCGGAUGAUAAGAUUCGCGAAAUUUUCAAGUUGCACGCUGGCAAUGUCCAUUGUAAGCACAUCGUGUUUGCCGCUUCCACCGAUAACGGAUAUGCGCGUCUCCUCGGGCCCUACAGCAGUAGUCCGGAAUUCUGCAAGCGUGUGACGAUGCUCGAAGGCCCACCAUUCGAGAAAGAGCUAGCAGAGUUGAAGAAUAGGUACCGCACUACCUCAUUCCCAACGCUCUUCCGAGACACGAAGCUACCUCCGAUUAGAAGAGUUUCAUUUUCCGCCACACCUAUGUAUGAGCCGACCCCGUCUAAAUCCCCUCCAAGCUACGCACAUGCCGCAUCUUUCAGCAGUUCUCCGCCGGGGUAUAAUUCUUCCCGACCAUCCACUCCCGCAUCAGUUGAGAAAACGCCAGGUUCACCCAACGGCGCCAAUGGACCAGUUUGGUUCAAUGGUAAUGGUACCGUGAACUCCGGGCCCGCGGUUCUGAAGAAUAAAUAUGGACAGCGCGUCGACUCCUCCAUCAAGCCUUCAUCCAGCAUUGUCCAAAGCCUGAAAUCGCGGAAACUUUGCAACCCAUACCAUUUGCUGGGCGCCUGCCACUUUGUUGCUUGUAAGCAUGAGCAUGGCGAACGGCUGAGUGAGAAAAUGAUGGAGGCUCUGCGCUACGUAGCACGACUCGCACCGUGCCCUUCCGGAUUGGAGUGCGAGGAUGAAAAUUGUUAUUCCGGUCACAGGUGCCCGAACAAUCCGUGCCACCGACCAAAUUGUCAUUUCCCGAAGGAGAUGCAUGGGGUUGACACCAAGAUUUGUAAAACGCUGAGCGUACAGUUGUAGUCUGGGCAAUUAGUAGUUCCAGUCUCAAAUAGGAAGGAAGAUAUGGUAUUCGACGGGUGGAAACCCGGGCCUGGAGGCUUUAUGUUGUGAUUUCUAAUAGUGUUAAUUUCGUUGCGACUUGGUAAAUACGAACGAACGAUUCUUGGAGCCACAGUUGUGUUGAUAGUGGUGGCGUUCAUUAGCUUAAUAUGCAUGCAGAGCACCAAAUUCGAGCUUGACUGUUUUAACUGAAAUUUCGGCAGCGUACCUGGUGUUGGUGCAUAAUUGUUAAACCAAGGAUGGCUUGCGAUAUACCUGCCCAGUGUUUCGCAGCGGAAAUUGUACGGGAUGUCCUUGGUAGUCUCAUGGUUUA